ACGUCGCUCCAAGCUUCAACUAUUUAAGAACAGCAGUUUUGCCUUUGCAAAAUAAUACUCAUUAAAAGCUCUGUGAUAUUGACAUACGAGGGCCAUGAUGCUAAAGAUCGAGAAAAUGCAAUGAAUCUACAAUCCCAAACCUUUAGACACCUCAGGUUAGCUUAUUCGUCAUCAUGAGCUUGUGGUUUACCUAAAAAUAUGCAAAUCACGUGCAGUUCAUGCUUUACGGGCAGACUCUGAGACAGGAACAUAGCCACGAUCAGAUAAGUCAGUAUUGUCUCACAGGGGUAUCACACAGUACCAACAAGCCUGGAGCCUCCCGUAGGCACGCACACACACACACACGUGCGCGCACGCGCUCGCUCACACAACACAGCAGAAGUCACCCCGUCCCACUUGGCUUCCUCAUCCCUUUGGAGACAAGCUGUCAGAAUCUCUUUUUCAGAGUGCUCACAUCCACGGGAUCCUGGACCAAAACAGCAGAUUCACUCGAACUUGACUGCAGCGGGAAACACUGUAACAUUCAUCUUGGAAAAUGGAAUACGAUUACUUGGACUACUGCAAUGACACAAUUGAGUGCCUUUGUGACAUUGACAUGGGUUCGGAGGCGACUGUACAAAUUUAUGUACAUUCUUUCAUCUGCAUAUUGGGCCUGCUGGGUAACCUUAUGGUCAUCGUCACCUACGCCUUUUACAAGAGGGCGAAGUCCAUGACGGACGUGUACCUCCUGAACGUGGCCAUCGCAGACGUGCUCUUCGUCAUCUCUCUCCCCCUGAUCAUUUACAAUGAGACAUACAACUGGACCAUGGGCAGCUGGGCAUGCAAGAUUUUACGUGGGAUGUAUAGCAUCAACCUUUACAGUGGCAUGAUGCUGCUGGCCUGCAUCAGCAGCGACCGCUACAUAGCCAUCGUCCAAGCCAGACGCUCUUACGGCAUUCGAUCCCGGACCCUCAUCUACAGUCGAAUCAUCUGCUCUGGCGUCUGGCUGUUUGCCAUAGCUGUGUCCAUCCCAACGAUAAUCUACAAUGAGAAGUAUGAUAACAUAGACUUGAACUCUAAUCAGACCGUUUCCGUCUGUUACUUGAGGUUUGAAGAAAAUGAAACAGCCCAGAAGAUGAAAGUUCUGGUGCCCAGCAUCCAGGUGGCCAUUGGCUUCUUCCUUCCCUUGCUCAUUAUGGGUUUUUGUUAUUCCAGCAUAAUCUACACCCUCAUAAGAGCGAAGAAUUUCCAGAAGCACAAGGCCGUGCGGGUGGUUAUGGCGGUGGUCGUGGUCUUCAUCGCCUGCCACUUGCCCUACAACGUCACGCUUCUGUACCACACUGUGAAUCUGUUCAAAGAGAGGGAAUGCGAGGUUGAGAAGACUGUCAAUGAGGUUCUGAUGAUUACGGAGACCCUGGCGUACUUCCACUGCUGCCUCAAUCCUGUGCUCUACGCCUUCGUAGGGGUCAAGUUCAGGAACCAUUUCCGUAAGAUUCUGUCAGACCUGUGGUGCCUGGGUAAGAAAUACAUCUACAGGCGCUCCUCCAGAUCUACCGAAGUGUACAUUUCAACUCGAAAAUCCAUGGAUGGUUCCAACAAUGAGAAUGGGUCUUCCUUUACCUUUUAAAAGACGUUUUCCUUUUCCGAAAGUGUUAUGUGAAAAUUAAAGAAACCCUUAAUUAAAGUCAAGCAAAAACGAACUUAUUAGAAAAGUACUUGGGUAAUUGAGACAUAGUCGUACCUACGUUUUGCAGGACAUUAGACAUAUGAUAUGUAAAAUGUUUAAAAACUGAUGUGUGCUUGAUCUUGAAGAUAUGGACAGAUGCAUUUUGUAAG